AUGGGAAGCUCUUGUUCAUCCACUAAGGCUGCAAACGUUGAAAACAACAGUGUUCCAGAAACACCUCGGGACCAGCAGAACAACAACAUCAACAACACGGAAGUAGCGACAACAACAAAUCAGGUCGAAGUAAAAAACAAUGAGUUGAAUAAAGAGUCGGCCAACACAGCCGAAGCAUCAAAUACAAAUCUGCCUGCAAUUUCUGCAACCGAGGCAAACGAGCAACUCCAAGAUGUUAUCGAGGAGCUUGGAUUGCAACAUCAAGAGGAAGCUACCAACCGUCCAUCUAAAGAACCAGAAGACGAGGAAUUAAAUCAGCUUAUUGAGGAAGAGAUGAAAAAGUUGGAGAAUGAUAACCUGCUUAAAGAGCAAGAAAAACAGGAGAAAGAGCAAAGCAAUGAGUUGGAUAACAUUGAGAAAGAUUUUGGAACUCUGCCGAACGGUGAAGACUUGGAUCAGGAUCAGCAUGAAAUUCAAGGAGAGUUGAAAACAGAUGAAUUGUCAGGUGAGGAAACUGUAUGA